AUGGAGUCUCGCCUCGGAAAUGGAGUAGGCAGUUCGAGAUCUGCCAAAGUUGUAAAGAACACUUCUAGUUCAGUUGAUUGGUUGAACAGAGAUAUGCUUGAGAUGAGGAUAAGGGACAAGACAGAUGCUGAUGAGGAGAGAGACAGUGAACCAGAUAUCAUUGAUGGAGCUGGUGCAGAACCUGGCCAUGUGAUCAGAACAACACUCCGUGGACGAAAUGGUCAAUCGAGACAGACAGUCAGUUACAUAGCCGAACAUGUAGUUGGGACUGGUUCCUUUGGAAUGGUUUUCCAAGCGAAAUGCAGAGAAACUGGGGAGGUUGUUGCCAUCAAGAAGGUUCUACAAGACAAGCGCUACAAGAACAGAGAGUUGCAGAUUAUGCAGAUGUUAGACCAUCCGAACGUUGUUGGUUUAAAGCAUAGCUUCUACUCAAGAACAGAAAAUGAAGAGGUUUAUCUGAAUCUUGUCCUCGAAUUUGUUCCCGAGACUGUCAAUCGUACUGCGAGAAGCUAUAGUAGAGUGAACCAGCUGAUGCCAUUGAUAUAUGUCAAACUCUACACUUAUCAGAUUUGCAGGGCGCUUGCUUACCUUCAUAAUUGCUGUGGUCUUUGUCACCGUGAUAUUAAGCCUCAGAACCUGCUAGUGAAUCCACACACACACCAGCUAAAAAUUUGUGAUUUUGGGAGUGCAAAAGUGUUGGUGAAAGGAGAACCCAAUAUUUCUUACAUUUGUUCAAGAUACUAUCGUGCCCCAGAGCUCAUUUUUGGAGCUACUGAGUACACAACUGCUAUAGACAUAUGGUCCACAGGUUGUGUGAUGGCUGAACUACUUCUUGGACAGGUCGAAGCGCUUUUUUUUUCUUUUUCAUUAGCGAUUGCAUUUGUGCUUGUUAUUCUGUUAAUUCACCCUAUUAGAUGUUUCAGCCUCUAUUUCCUGGCGAAAGUGGAGUCGAUCAGCUUGUUGAAACCAUUAAGGUCUUUGCCAGUUUUGGGUACACCAACAAGGGAGGAGAUCAAGUGCAUGAAUCCAAACUACACGGAGUUUAAAUUUCCACAGAUUAAACCUCAUCCUUGGCACAAGGUAUGCCACUAG